UGUCAGCCUGCUCGUGUUAAGCCUCUAUGUUCGAGACUUCCUGUGUCGUUAAAUCUUGUUUUGAAGUCAACAGCUGAGCCGGUUGCAGGUGAGGUGAAGAUGGUGGACCGGCUUGCGAACAGCGAAGCCAACUCCAAGCGGAUCGGGGUGGUGGAGGGCUGCUUCGGCGCCGCGGGCCAGCCGCUGGCCAUCCCAGGCCGCGUGCUGAUCGGCGAGGGCGUCCUCACCAAACUCUGCCGCAAGAAGCCCAAGGCGCGCCAGUUCUUCCUCUUCAACGACAUCCUGGUCUACGGCAACAUCGUCAUCCAGAAGAAGAAGUACAACAAGCAGCACAUCAUCCCGCUGGAGAGCGUCACCAUCGACACGGUGCCGGACGAGGGCGACCUGCGCAACGGCUGGCUCAUCAAGACACCCACCAAGUCCUUCGCCGUCUACGCCGCCACCGCCACCGAGAAGUCCGAGUGGAUGAGCCACAUAGGGAAGUGCGUGGGAGACUUGCUGCAGAAGAGCGGCAAGGCCCCGACGGGCGAGCACGCCGCCGUCUGGGUCCCCGACUCGGAGGCGACGGUUUGUAUGCGCUGCCAGAAGGUGAAGUUCACGCCGGUCAGCCGCCGCCACCACUGCAGGAAGUGCGGCUACGUGGUUUGCGGGCCGUGCUCAGAGAAGAAGUACCUCCUGCCCAGCCAGUCGUCCAAACCCGUUCGCGUCUGCGAGUAUUGCUUCGUGCAGCUGACAUCAGGAGGCCUCGGGCCGCGCUCAGACUCCAUCGGCCGGCCGGGGUCAAAGUUCAACAGCAACAACCUGUCGGACGAUGACGACGAAGACGACAGCAGUGACUGAGGAACGAAGCGUCCUCCCGACGGCCUCUCGUCCCCACGUCGAGGAGGAAAUAGUUCCUUUAUGGUGUCGUUUCUUUCUCCUCCCAGAUGAUCCAAUCACGCUCCUCCACCUCUGAGGAUUCAUUCACUGGUUCACUUUGGAGUUCCAGUCUCAAACCAAAAUAUUUGAUCUUUUCCUCUGAUUCCAGCAGGGAUACAUGUUUUCAUGAACACAAGUGAUUAAACAAUGAAAUGUGGAAUUAACGGGGUGACCAGCAGAACUCUGGGAAGAAGUCAGACUCAUUCACCGCUCCCACUCUGCUCAGUCCGCCCCUUCUCUCUUGACUUUUAAUUAGGCUGCAAUUAGUCACUACAGAACACAAUGGUGCUAAUGAGAAACACCCUCUGUCCUCCUCCUAAGUUAAUCUCAUCUAAGAGGCUUCUUUUUCUUAGUUUUUUUCUUUGCAUUUGUCCGUGAACUACACGAGGUGAUUGCUUGUCAUUUCUGCAGGGAAAAGCAAAUGUUUGGGCUCUAACCUUUAUCUCCUCUGUCCUUCAGGUAUCACACCAAACGGGGCUUUUUUAUAACACAGGUUUGGUAUUUUUCUGCCCUAUUUUGUAAACUUGUCUCAAGCUGAAGCAAAGAUCCCUUUUUAUAAAUAACAAAAUGUAGAUAUUACGCUAAACCCAGAGCUUUUCUAGUUGACCUAAUAAUAUAGUUGCUUCUGACAAAUCAGCUGAAGCUUGUCUCGCAGUGAGUGUGUCCGUCUCUAACACACUUUUGUGAGUUUAGUUUCUUAGCGGCUUAAAAAAAUUAAAUAACUCUACCGUUUGCCUAUACGGUCACGUAGUGCCUUGUAGGAAAUGGAGCUCGGCCUUCAGUAGGAAAAAGGUUAUUUGUUAAUGAAUCCAGGCUGCAAAAAAACAGGCACCUCGCUAUAGGGUGCCUCUGAAACACAUUACACAGGAUGGAGUUGUUGUGCAGUUUGGUGCGUGUUUGCAGUUAACAGAAGAGCAGAGAGAUUACCGACCCGCAACACACAGGAAGAGUCCAAAGCAGACUGUUCCUGGAAAGUUUGUUUCCCACCACACAGUGAACUGGAACAUGUUUGAGUUGUUAGAAAGCCAGGCAUUAGUGUGCAGAUGAGCUGCUGCUUGUAAUGCUUCUGUAAUCUGGAUCUUCCCACAACCUGAACCUGGUUCUAGCCCCUGCCUUGGGUUUCCAUUGUUUUACAUCCCUGAACAUUUUGGAUCAAUGGAUAAACGUCUUUAAAAACGUGUUGUGGGUCGGACUACAGUGAAAGAUUUUCUUUUUAAAAUGUCAGAACCAUUAGUUGAUAAAAGGUCGACAGGGCUGCAACGAACAAUUAAUUUCUAACAAACACAGAAAAUCAUCUCAUUUGAGAAAGUUAAAUCAGACAAAUUGAACAUUUUUCUUCAAGAAAUGACUCAAAAAGAUUACUUUAAUAGUUACUAAUCGACCAAUCGCUGCAGCUCUAGAGGUCGACUGAAUGGAGCAUAGAGAGAGAAAAACAGCAGACCAGCCCGUCGAACCUCCCGCUGCCUAAACUGGAAUUAGCCCGGAGAGAGUAUAAUUCCAGCAUUGGUGGAAAAACUGUUACAUGACUACCCAAACUUUAAUGGGAAAUGUAAAGUGCACAACAAAUAACAGAACAAGGCUGCAAACACAGGUCACAUAUUGAGAAUAUUGUGGCUUCGGGUUGUUUAAGUUCCUCCAAUAGAAGAAGUUUCCUCCCUCUUGAACUGAACGCUUCCACAAAAGUGCAGAUGCGUGAAAUAUUUGCCGGCUGUGAUUUAAUGUCUCAUUUCAUUUGAGACUAUUUGAGAUCAGGAACAUGAUCUAGAAACUGUAAUGCCAGAGAGAGAGCAGGGAGGAGCAGUCUGGGUACUUGGCUGAUGCCUCCAGUGGAUGAAGUGAAAUGCAAUAAUCAGGAAGUGUUAGGUUAGCGUGUGUUUCCCUCUCUAAUCACGUGAUCUUGCAUCAUACUCUGUGUAAUAAGUUUCUCAGUAUUUGAGGUGGUUUGCAUUCACUGGAAAGAACUCGUCAGGAAACCAGCGUGUCGUCUUCCUGUCAGCGACUCUUCCCCGUGCUGCUCUGAGGUCAGAGGACCACGCCAUGUCACAAAACUAACGCACCCCUCCUGAACUCUGCUGUGUAAACUUUCUCUCUGCCAACACAAGCUAACACGGCCGUCCUUCCCUCCUUCCUUUUAUGUGUCCUUUCUCCCCUCCUUCCUUUUUUCCCAGGCACUUUCCUAUGAGAAGCACAGUCUGAUUGACCAUGUGACGUGUGUGUGUGUGGCCUAAAAUCAUGUGAUCAGACACUGAACCAGGAAGUGAAAAGGCUGCUUUGGGGGAUAACGGCGAACUACCUGGCGCUGCCAACAGAGGGUUCAGGUUCAGUAACUCACAGAUGUUCAUGUCAUCAGUUUCUCUUCCCGGUGACUCCUGUGAAGAGUUUCAUUCCUUUUUAAAGAGGCGAAGCCGCCGGCAGGAGUGACUCAGCUCACUCUCAAAGAAAGGAAAAACACAUGACCUAGUUUCCUAUAAGCUGGUAUUAAUCAUUCUGGGAGCCAAAAGCUUUUACUAAAUGAGCAAAUUAUUCAUUUUUAAUCAGAUAUUUAAUCCGUUUUAAGUAUUUGACUCAGACACUACUCUGAUGGUCCUUUCACUCUAAUCGGGUCAUGAAUGGUGCUGUUGUGUUGCUGCACGUCUUUGGUCUGUAUUUAAAGGGCGAUACGCAGCCUCUUAACGAAGAGUUGAUAACGUGAUGAACGCUGCAGUUUCCUCUACCGGCCACUAGAGGCUCCAGCAGUGAGUCAGUCUCCAUAAGGCCCUGUAUUAAAACGCCCAACUUAGAAAAACAGUUUUGGUCUCUAUAUGUUUUUCUCAUGACAGCUGUACCGGGGGGUGAAUGUUAAAGAACUCACCUGUUUAAAUUCUAUUAAAGCCUAACAAUGUGUAUAACGGAGGGCGUUUGAGUGACAGUAACCAGGCUUCAUUCAGCCGACGUCACAGAGACUGUAGACAGUUUUAAUUAUACAGCAUAUGGUUCCAAAAUCCCUCCACUUUGACUAUAUAGUGCUCUACAUUUACAGAACGGACGUUGGAAUGAAACUCUUCAGGGCUGCGCUGUAAAAGUGAUGACAUGUCUCUGAAACAGGAACCGUCUUGUUUCACCUUCACCUGAGAUCAAACAGGGAAAAUAAAAAGCUGCAUCUAAGAGACGAAGAGCAGCUCAACCUUUACGAGUGACACUCGUAAACAGUCGGAGCAUUAUCUUUGUACACAGUCCGUAAUCUGCCUGUUUGACGAUAAGCAGCAGAAUGGGGAGAAGAAAGGGAUCAUUUUUCUUUUUAUGUCUUUUUAAUUUUACAGAUUUAAGUUAAUGUUUGUGUUGCUGCAGUUAAAGCGAUUAGAGAAAUGUUAAUGAUCACUAACCAGCUGUCCUUUAUACUCGCUGUGGCCGAGGUGCCGAGGGAGGAGACGUCCUCACCGUCGAACCCCGGAGGUCCGGCCUCAGGUUUGCUGUGGAUUGCACUUAACAAAGUUGGCACAUUGACUUUGAUCCAGGUUGAGUUCUUACUGCAUACUGUUCACGUCCACAGUGACUCGCUGGGCGUUCUAAGAUGAACCUUCAUGUUUUAAUCCUGUUGAUUUUUGUACAUUUGUACAGAUGUGUUUUGGGUUAUUUAGUUUUUUGCUGUACAGUUAUGAUCAGUUCUGAAAUGACGCUGUUUCAGGUCUCCCUGUGCUCAGCCCUCUUCCUCCUCUUCCUCCUCUUCCUCCUCCUCCUGUCAGUCACAUCUCAGCAGCAUCUGCAGCUUUUUCUCUAAAAGGGGCGGUCUUCCUCCUUGGAGGUUUGAACUCUUCCUGUCAGCGCGACUACGUGCACUUUAGCAACCACUCGACUUUCUCCAGUGAGCUAAUUUGUCGGAUAAACCAGAAACCUCCCCAGGUAGAUUUGUCCUGGAGAAAGGCGAUUUCAUGGCCAUGAAUACGGGUAACCGGGUUUCUGAUGGGCUUUAUACACGUACGCGUGUGCAAGACAAAGACUGCAGACGCAGACCGCCUCUGGAAGUCGUUCUCACAGAUGAAUUCAGACACUGUGGAGCCUCGUACUGUACCACAAACCAAAAAUACAGCAAACGAAAAGAGACAAAAAGCCGUGUUUUUACUGUAGUAUCCUGGUUUCUUGAGUGCAUGUAAACGCAUCGUUUGAGCGCCACUCUCCGGACGUCGGCUGGUAGACUGUUCUUCUCUUUAUUGUCCCGCACAGUGAGAGCGGCAGUGCGUCCAGCUGCUUGUGUGUACACACUGUGAGCCUCCGAUUACAGACGCUGAUUCUUUUAGUAACAAAGCAUUGACUCGGAAAAUGUCCCAUGUAAUCAAUCACACAUGAAAUGGCUUUGACUUUUAUUUUCAUUUGGAGGAUUUUUCUUUUAAUAUCUGAGCUGCAGAACAAAUGCUGGUUAAGUCACAUGAACAGCAAAACAAACACGGGAGAAAAGGUGUUUAGCUUGUGUAUGAUUCUAUUCUCUACUUUUACUACUUGUAGAUAUAUGGAUGCUAAUUAACUGAAGUAAAGUCUUGAAUUCAGUGUUUUUACUCUGUUUAUAUAUUUUACAAUAUCGUCACUUUCAGAGCGAUUGGAUGAAACAUAUUGUGGUGUCCAACUUAUUAAAUGCUUAUAUAACUUAGUUUAAGGCUUGAAAUUACACGCAAUAAUGAAUAAAAAUGUGUCUUCAAAAGACGAUAACUCGUUACACAGGACACACUAGAUCCACUGACCGUUCACUGAAUAUAUCUGUAAUACAUACUGAGUAUCUGAAUAUGCAUAAAUGGUUCAGUAGUUCAGACCUUUCAGCAUUAUCCCAGAUUCAUAAAGGCAGACGUCAUUAAAAACACAGAAUUAUUUAGCUGUUCCAAUAAACGUCGAUACUAAAUAGUGACAGGAUUUAAAUACUAAACUGACAACAGUUUUAAAAGAGAGUUUUAGGUAGACAAAUUUAAACUUCGUGCAAAUGUCCAUCCAGCACAACUAAACUUAAAUCUAUCAAAUAGGAAUCAAGUUUUCAGAAACACAUUGUAGUUUACUGUUCAGCCGUAAUUAUGUAGAAGUUACAGGGCGGCCGUGUUUUAAGAUCCAAAAGCAAAGCCCACUGUUUACAGCGUGGAUGCUCGUGGCGUUAUUGUUCGAGGCGGCUCUUUAACUGCAUCCAAUCUUCGUUGUCUUGCUUGUGCGGCCAAUUAUAGUGUUGUUGUUCACACCCUGUGCAGCGGAUAUAAAGUGUGUCACUGUUUCAGCCAAUUUACACACGGAGCUGUGCUCUGCUUCAGUUCUCAUGCAGCAAACUUUCACAAUCAAUGGGGACAAAAAAAGGCAGCAGAGACAACAAAUGUGACUGCUGACGCUGAGCUCAUGUUGGAAACAGAAAGGCCUAGUAAGUUGACCCUUGAGUUAAACUCGUCUCGCAGUCCAAUGCGUCCACGGGCUGAGAAAUAAGCUCACAAGUGGAAGCGGUGACGUGAGCUUUCUUUUAUUUUUGUUGCUCACAGUGUGAACACACACACCAGUUAGUGAGAGCGACGGGACUCGACUGCCUUUGUGCGAAUUAAUUAGGAAAAAGAAAAGCUGCAGAUCCUGAGAUUCAGUGUGGAAACGAAAUAAUGAGGAGACAUCUUGGGACAGCUGAAAGCGAGAUCAUUGUGUGUUAUUGUGCGAUCUUUAAUGUCCUCCCUCUGUUGCUGUUUGAUUGUUUCAUUUUUUUGUGUUUAGUUUUCAUUUUACUUCUUUUUUUAAAAGCUUCUAAAAAGGGCUUCAAUCAGAAUGUAACCCAGCAUAUCAUUGUUCAUUACUAAUUCCUCCAGAAACCUUUAAGUAUAUAUAUUAUAUAUAAAUAAUGUAUUGCUUAAAGCCGCA